AUGAGUGGCCCCAUCAACAUUGCUUCUGAGUCCGAAUGGAGUAGUCUCCUCUCGGGUACAAAUGUGGUCAUCGCAGAUUUUUACGCCGACUGGUGUGGUCCCUGCAAGAUGAUUGCGCCUACAUUCGAAGCUCUCGCCAAAGAACACUCACGCCCGAAGAAGGUUGCCUUCGCAAAGGUCAACGUCGAUAACCAGUCUGGCAUCGCCCGAGCCCAAGGUGUUUCCGCCAUGCCGACCUUCAAGAUCUUCCACAACGGCACCUGCAUCGAGACCAUCAAGGGUGCCAACCCUCCCGCUCUCACAGCGGCUAUCAAUAAUGCGGUGAAGCUUGGCGGACCAGCUACUGGCAACGUUUUCAAGACUCCCGGGCGAACGCUUGGUGGCGAGUCACGAUCUGCCUCGCUGUCCAAGCAGUGGAACUUGAAAGCCUUCUUCGAUGCUCUGAUAGCGUUCUUUGGACUAUACUUUGUUUCUCUGUUCACUUUUGACCCGUAUAAGUCAGCGGAAGACAGCCCCUUCAACCUUCAUCGUAAACCAGCACCAAGAAACACCGGUGGAUCGCAGACCGCUGGUGGUGCCAGAGCUCCUCCACGUUCGUCCUUCAAGACAUUGGCAGAUCUUGGUGGUGAUUAA